UCAGGAAUAUAAAGAGAACAUGGUAACAUUUUAUUUCUUCAACUAUACGCAAACAUCUUCAUAUAGCUAGCUCGCAAUGCGAAGACUGUAGAUAGACGAGCAGUCUGUUAACGUUAGUCGCUCUGAAUCCGGGCAGUUGCACGUGUAGUUGCUAACUAGCCAGUGAAGAUGGCGGGGGCGUUCAAGGACACCGGUAAAGCCCCUGUUGAGGCUGAGGUUGCCAUCCAUCGCAUCCGUAUCACCCUCACCAGCCGCAACGUCAAGUCUUUGGAGAAGGUAUGUGCAGACCUUAUCCGUGGAGCUAAGGAGAAGAACCUCAAGGUGAAGGGACCAGUCCGUAUGCCCACCAAGACUCUGCGCAUCACCACCAGAAAGACACCCUGUGGAGAAGGCUCCAAGACCUGGGAUCGUUUCCAGAUGCGGAUCCACAAGCGUUUGAUCGACCUGCACAGUCCCUCUGAGAUUGUCAAGCAGAUCACCUCCAUCAGCAUUGAGCCUGGUGUAGAAGUUGAGGUCACCAUCGCUGACGCAUAAGCUGUUUUGUACCCCAUGCAAUAAAAGCUUUAAACAUAA